CCCCACAAAGGAAUAAUGAAAUCCAACACAGGAAUGCACUCUCACAGCACAACCCCAAAGCUCUCUAAAAACAUCUCCUUUUUGUCCCACCAUUGUUUUUGUCCCCAUCAGUUUUUGUUCACCCUUUGCCCCUUUUGCUCUUCCUCCUCCUCUUCUUUGUGAAUGCUAUUGAGUUUUUGGCCUAAGUUGUUGUGUCAUAUCCCAAAGCAGAGGCUUAAAGUUGUGAUCUUUGAUGUUAGUAAAGGCAAAAGAGGAGCCUAAAGAGGUGGGGAUGCACUGAUCCAGGCUGCAUUUUGCUCUUUGUCACAUUAAAAGGUCCCUCAUUUUAGGUACCUCCUUUUCUUUUAAUUCCCCAUAGGUUGGUGCCCUUCAAUAUUUAGAUCACAGUACUGCUGCAUUUUGCCACCUAGAUGCAUCAUUCCUCAAAGGCCUUGCACAACCAAAAAGGCAUGAGUUGUUGUCAUUUGAGACUAUCCCUUUUGCUGAUCUUCACAUAAUGAAGACAUUUGAAUCUAAGGUUUGGUUCUGCAUGCUUUCUUUCGAAGAAUGGAAUGAGUCACGGUUCGGCUUUAUGCUUUAGCUAUAUGAAUUAAGUAGUCAGAUCAAUGGCUACAAAGAAUAUGCCUCAAACUCUCCCAGAAAAGCAGCUCAAAAUGCCCGGUGACCAAGCAGUCGAGCCCCCUUCUCGCAAGCCUUCACCUUUGCAGAUUCCUAAACCAACCAAAUCCGGCCCCCCUACACCCAAAAGAUUACCGAAAUCAGUAAACCAAAGUACGUCAAACUCAACUGCAAAAGAGGUGCCUGAGGAGAAAAAACCAACUCACCAAAGGAUGAGAUCUGUUGAUUCUAUGUUAGUUGAUUUUUCUUUGAAGACUGUCGCUUCUUCGGAAACCCCAACACAAGAGGGAGAGUCCACCAAGUCAAAUGAGAAUACAAACACGGAAAAUCACGGUGAUCAAGAAAAGAAAAGUUCUGAACAGAGCAGUGUAAAUAACAGCUGCGCUAAAGUUAGCGAUGGCGUGAGCAGUUUGACAAAGACUAGCGGAAGUGGCAAGACUAACGAGCGAGCUGAGUUUGGCGAAAGCGGUAAUAGUAGCAUUUGCAGGCCCAGUACAAGCAGCGACGAGAGCUCUUGUAGUAGCUUGAGCAGCAGCAUUACCAAGCCCCAUAAAGCAAAUGAUUCCAGGUGGGAAGCGAUUCAGAUGAUUCGGGCUCGAGACGGUGUGUUGGGUUUGAGCCAUUUUAGGCUUCUGAAGAGGCUGGGUUGUGGCGAUAUUGGCAGUGUGUAUUUAUCUGAAUUGAGUGGGACUAAGUGCUAUUUUGCUAUGAAGGUUAUGGAUAAGGGAUCGCUAGCAAGUCGAAAAAAGCUUCUUCGGGCUCAAACCGAAAGGGAAAUUUUGCAAUCUUUGGAUCAUCCGUUUCUUCCGACACUAUAUACCCAUUUCGAGACUGAUAAGUUCUCAUGUUUGGUGAUGGAGUUCUGCCCUGGAGGAGAUCUACACACUCUAAGACAGAGACAGCCAGGGAAAUAUUUUCCAGAACAAGCCGUGAAGUUCUAUGUAGCAGAAGUCCUCCUCGCGUUGGAAUACCUUCACAUGCUGGGGAUAAUAUACCGAGACCUCAAGCCAGAGAAUGUCCUCGUCCGCGAUGAUGGCCAUAUCAUGCUCUCCGAUUUUGACCUCUCCCUCCGCUGCACAGUCAGCCCCACUCUCAUCAAAUCCUCCAACCCUGACUCUGAAUCCUUCCGCAAAAACAACAAUAACAACAACAACAACCAAAUGUAUUGCGUCCAACCUGCUUGCAUCGCACCAUCCUGCAUCCAACCCUCAUGCGUAGCCCCUACCACAUGCUUCGGGCCCCGUCUCUUCUCUUCCAAGUCCAAGAAGGAGCGAAAACCUAAACCCGAGAUCGUAAACCAAGUUAGCCCCUUGCCUGAGCUCAUAGCAGAGCCCACAGAUGCUCGGUCCAUGUCAUUCGUCGGGACCCAUGAAUACUUAGCCCCGGAGAUCAUCAAAGGUGAAGGCCAUGGCAGUGCAGUGGAUUGGUGGACCUUUGGCAUUUUCUUAUACGAGCUUUUGUUCGGGAAAACCCCUUUUAAGGGUUCGGGUAAUAGAGCUACGCUUUUCAAUGUGGUGGGCCAGCCUUUGCGCUUCCCUGAAUCCCCUAUGGUGAGCUUUUCUGCGAGAGAUUUGAUAAGAGGAUUGCUUGUUAAGGAGCCGCAGCACCGCUUGGCAUUCAAGCGUGGGGCAACAGAGAUAAAGCAGCACCCGUUCUUCGAGGGCGUGAAUUGGGCCCUGAUACGGUGUGCGACCCCGCCGGAGAUACCAAAGCCUGUUGAGAUCGAGAGGCCUCCAAGGCCGCCAGCCCCGCCACUGCCUUCGGCAGCAGAAAAAGCUGCUGCUUCUAAUGCCGAUCAGAAAGGUUCGAAUAGCUAUCUAGAGUUUGAUUUCUUUUAGCUUUUCUUUAAAUCUCUUAAUUGGAUGAAGAUGCUGUAUCAAGUGAAGGUGUAGGGUUUUCGAAUAUCUGAGGCUAGCAGGUGAUCUUUUAUUGUAAUUGUUAGCCCUGCCAUCAUAUAUUGUGUUGUUUCCAAGCGACCUGCUUAAGUUCUAAUUUGUAUUCUUCAGUCAUUCCUGAAACAUAUUAAUCAUUUCCAGUGUUGAUUAUUCAGAUA